UUAUGUUCUCAUAAGUGUGGAUGUAAAAUCCCUAUUCACUAAUAUACCACAAGAUUUAGUAGAACGAUUAAUAAAAGAUAACUGGGCUGUUUAUGAGAGCUGUGUUAAUGUUCCACUUGAUGUGUUGUUGAAUAUUAUUAAAUUCAUUUUUGAUAACAGCUUUUUUCAAUAUAAUAAAAGAUUUUACGCACAAGUGAGGGGCACAGCUAUGGGCAACCCAGCCUCACCAAUUUUGGCGGAAUUGGUUAUGAAUCACUUGAUCGCAUUCGUUCUGUCUGUUUUGAACUUUCAUAUACCGUUUGUCUUUGUUUACGUUGAUGAUAUAAUUAUGUCGGUGCCCAUGAGUAGAUUAGAAGAGGUAUUGAGGAUUUUCAACAGCUUCCAUGAGAAUCUCCAGUUCACACAUGAGAUGGAAAUAGAUGGUAAAAUUCCAUUCUUGGACCUAUUGUUGAUAAGGGAUAGUGGUGGUAUAAAAACUGACCUAUAUUCUAAACCCAUGGCAUCCCACCGUACAUUGCAUUUCAAUUCUCUGCAUUCAACAUCGCAAAAAAUUGCUGUCGUCAGGGGUAUCAAACAGAAGAUUCUUAGUUUGUCUGAUACAUCAUUUCAUCCGAAGAAUUUUAAACAGCAAGCGACCAUUUUAUGUCAAAAUGGUUAUCCUAAAACUUUAGUUAAUAAAAUUUUUUAUGGUUCGAAAUACUCAACUAGUAUACCUUCGACUGAUAAUGGUUCCGAUAAAGAGAUUUUCAGAUAUUACAAAUUAGUCUACAUUCCCAAAUUGAGUCAGAUGUUGAUUAGAUUGAUGAAGGGAACAUCUACUAUUGUGGUAUCAUAUUAUAAAAAAACUGUUAAGAGCCUAUUUUCCCGUUUGAAAGAUAUUGAUCCCCCAAUGAGACAAUCCGGUUUGGUGUAUGGGGUUGGUUGUUCGAAUUGUGAUGCUAUUUAUGUUGGACAAACGUGUCAAUAUUUCGGAUCCAGAUUGAGGCAACAUCAGUUAGAUUGUAAAAGACAAUCUGAGGCAACCGCACUUUCCCAACAUGCUAAGAAUGAGGGACAUCUUUUUGAUUUUGAAAAUGCGAAGAUUCUAACCAAGGAGACCAAUUGGUUCAAGCGUAGUUUCAAAGAGAUGUUGCUUAUAAGAAAACACCCCAAUUCUGUGAACUCGAGAUCUGAUAUUGGUUCACUCAGUAUUGCGUAUUCGAAUUUGAUAAAGGAAAUAAAUAAAUAGUUUUUCUCGAGUGCAUGCAUUCCGACCGCGUAUGUGCGAUGUUCUUGUUUCAUUCAUAUCAAUGCGUCCAUACCUACCUGUACGUCACGUUAAUUUGAGACCCCGAGAUGAACCUGCUUUUUUCGAAUGAUUUUACGAGUUUGAAUUUUUCAGACGAUUUUUAAUUCAUUAUUCAUAAGCCUGAAGAAGAGAAGAAUUUUUCUCGAAACGUUGCUGCGUGAAUAAAUUGUAAAUAAAGUGUUCCUAAGACUGAAAA